AUUACAGUUUGCACGAUGCGUAUGCGUCAGAAACUCGACCUCUCGUCUCGUUUCAUGCUAGCAUUUUCGUAGCUAUUAUUUGUACCGCACGCACGACGCAGCUCCCACCUCGGACUCUAUUAUCUGCACACCAAGACGACCCUACUGUUAGCAUUGGUCGAAGAAGAACAAGCUGGUCGAAGAAGAACAAGGAUCACUACUAGCCUGAGGCCGCGAGGUUUCGUAGAUUCUAAACUGCAUCGUCGACUCUCGAGUCCAAUCGCAUUAGGGCAUUAUUACCAGAUUCACCUUUUUCGCGAUUUCCCGAACUUCCUGAAAUCAAUGGGUCGAGCAUCAAUGAGGGGCUCGGCGGCCCUGCUGCUCUUCGCUGCCGUCAGCGUGCUCUGCGUGGCGCAAGCCGCGUCAGCCUAUACCGGGUACCAGCAGAUGGUAGCGAAGCUGAAGACAAGGGGUUUUAGCACCACGCUCGCUGCCUGGAAGACGUCUGGUCUCAACAACACCCUCAAGGAGAUCCUCCCAACCUCCAAGAUGACUAUCUUCGCGCCAAUCAACAGCGCCUUUAACAAGCUCACUGGCAGCUUCCAGUACUCCGAGCUGAAGAAGAAUCCCAAGGCGCUGCUGCAGGUCAUGGCGUACCACGUCUCGAAGCAGCGGUUCUACGACUCCACCCUCCAGGCGCUGCCAGUCAAGACGCAGCUUGCCACCAUCGACUACAAGUUCGUGCUGGUGAAGACCAGAACCAAGCCAGCAUCAUUCAGCAAGCCCGGGGCUGUUGGCGGGCUCAAGAUCGUUGCUCCGGACCUCUAUGUGGACCCCCAAGUGAUUGUGCAUGGCGUCGACACCGUCGUCAUCCCACCCAAGAUUCAAUAAUGCUGCCCUUGGAUGGGCUGGAGUGGGGAAGAGGAGGGGGUGUGGGGGGGAGGGGGGGGAGGGGGAGCAUUUGCUUUUGUGCAUUUUGUCCAUCACUUGGUGCUGGCAUCCAUACGUGGCAGGAAACAACGAUGCAUCCUAGGCUGUGUUGUCCGGAAUUUUGAAGGAAUUGGCCUUCCCUUUUACUGAACACCGAUGCGUAAUGUGUCUUGGCAUCACAACAUUCCUCCUAACACAGCACUCAUUUGCUGAAUCCCUGAGGGCAGCGUGCUCGUUCUGGACUCGUGCUGUUAAUAUGGGAAUGGAAGAAUCAGGACGAUU